CCUAUGUACCAAUGGCUGCUGGGGACGCUCAGCGCUCUUCUUGCUGCCGCCCGCCGCCCCGCGCCCUCCCCAGCCCCGCCGCCGCGCAAGAGGCCGCUCCCCAGCGUUCAGCCACCUCUGGAAGAUGAGGAGGAGGUUCCAUCAAAAAGGCAAAAAUCAGGUGAUGUCAUCGCUGUGAAUAAAGAGAAAGUUCCGUCGCUUUCUGCAGUGGUGAAGUUGCCAGCCAAGACAACAAGGAAACACAAUGCCACUGCAGAGUCUGCAGAAGAGAGUCAAGCCACUACUUCUGACCUUUCAUCUAAAAGACCAACAGGUUCUGCACUAGAAAUAGAAAUGCUACAACUUGAUAAAAUGCCUUGUGGAACCAAUACUUCCUUGAACAGAGAAACACUCUCCCUUUCACAUAAGACAGUUCCACACCUGAGCACGGGCAGGAAUGGCAAACACUUCGUCAAACCCGUUCCGGAUGUCAGCUUAACACUAAGGCCUCCCAUUAAGGAGCGUGCUGUGCCAGAAUCCACCACUCCAGAGGCCAUCAAAAUGGGGAGGUUUUACUGUACUGCUGAAGAGGAUGUUCAGCGAGGAGAAAAGGAGAAAUACAAACAGCUCUUGCAGCUGGUAAAGGAAAACUAUGCUGGGAUCCACCCUCCUCCACAGCUGACAAGCUUCUGCAGUGUUGAAGCCUUCUCCAAAGAGCCCGUGACGACUGAGGGCCACCUGAAGGAACGAAAAUAUGGAGAUCUCUACCCAUAUAUGACACUAAGGACCAGUAUCAACUGUGCAGGUGCUUGCAGCCCCCAGCGGUCUCAGAGAAGUGAUAUGGUCAGGUACUACACACCAGUAGAAAACUCUAAUGAACAGGGAAGACCAGUGAAAGCAGUGACUGCAGGGGCCUUAGAGAGGGAGGUCCAUGCUGCGUUUGGCAGAGGUGAGCCCGAUGAGAUCUUGAGCAGUGCCUUCAAACUGAAGGUGACCCGUGAGGACAUUGGCACGCUGAGGGAGCAUCGCUGGCUGAACGACGAGGUCAUCAAUUUCUACAUGAGGCUCAUCGCAGAACGAAAUAAGAAGGAGGGAUUUGCAGCAGUCCAUGCCUUUAGUACUUUCUUCUACCCAAAACUAAUCUCUGGAGGCUACACAGCAGUAAGGAGGUGGACCAGAGGGGUGGAUCUGUUCCAGCAGGACCUCAUCUUUGUGCCCAUUCACCUGAGGGUGCACUGGGCACUAGUGGUCAUAGAUGUCAGAAGGAAGACCAUCAAAUACUAUGAUUCCAUGGGACAGAAGGGGGACAAGAUUUGUCAGACUCUGUUGUAAGUAACUGCUCAGUUGAUGCUUUCAUGUUGUGAAUGAUGAGAGAGGUUUUGGAUGACGUUUCUGUACCAUGACUGCAAGCUUUCACAGUUCUUGUAAAUAGGACACAAAAUUGUCUUGUGUGGAGACUUCCCCCCCACACACACUUGU